GUUGUAUUUGUCACGCAAAUUGACGUUUGGCAAUGCCAAGGGUAAAUUUUUAUAAUUUAUUUGCAAUAAAAUCGCAAAUAGUGUUGUCAGUUUUGUGGGUAAAUGUUUCGGACUAGACAAAAUAAACUGUGUGUGAUGUGGUGAAUUUUUGAAUGCGGAAAACCUGGUAUGGAAGAACUGAAAAAUUCAUCAAACAGAGGACUAAUAAGUACGUGAAUCUGUACUAAAAGGUGUAGACCUUCGUAGAAAACAGGUGUAAAAUUACGUAGAAAAAAAGAAUUCAAUUCAUCUCAAAGAAAACAACGCAAGAAUCUAUUGUGGGAUUUCCCGGACCAUCUACACGUGCACUGUAAAAAUGGACCACGACCUUUCUACAACCCAAUCCAUACAUCCAUUCAUUCACUCGUGUCCGAAUCCACCUUCAAAAACUUAUAAAAGACAUUAAACCUUCUCCCUCCUCGACGCUCUCCCCAUUCUCCCUUGUAAUGGCAAAGGCAUCAUCGACACCCAAAGUUAGCUUUGUGUAGUACCAUGUACGUUUCCAUAGCUCCUACUUGAUGCAUGUGUAGUGCCCGAUCUAUUUAACAAAUCCCUAGAACAAUGGAAUCCUCACGGCUUCUUAUAUACACUUUGUGGAUGCUGAUUUUCCCAGAAUUAUUUACAGUCUUCCACGAAGGAGAGGCAGCUUAUGCAGUAAAACGUUUCACAGGGUUAUAUACGGGUCCAUACUUCGAUCCCACCACAACUACGAAUAUCACAACCCAACUAGGAACACACGCUUACAUCCCCUGCAAAAUCAAGCAGUUAGGAAACAAAUCGGUGUCCUGGAUAAGGAGGCGAGACGCCCACAUUCUCACUGUAGAUAGGUACACUUUUAUAGCAGAUGAUAGGUUUCAAGCCUUUUUUGUAGAAGCGACCGAUACGUGGACGCUACAAGUGAAAUACGUACAAGCCCGAGACGCAGGACAAUAUGAGUGUCAAGUCAGCACAGAACCAAAGAUGAGUCAUUUUAUUACCCUCAACGUAGUCGUUCCGAAGAUCGAAAUAGAAGGUGAAUCGGAUAUCUACGUGAAACGUGGCAGUACAGUCCAGCUCAAGUGUGUGAUCACACAGUCCCUAGAAGAACCCGCCUACAUUUUCUGGUACCACGACGGAGAGCGGGUGCUCAAGUACGACCAAAGUGCCAUCGACAUACGUAUGUCGCGGAAGGGCACUGACACUACUAUCAGCACCAUGACGAUAUUCCGUACGAGACCAGAGGACGCUGGCAACUACACCUGCAGUCCGUCCAAUCUGGACUCUGCCAGUGCGUACUUGCACGUCAUCAAUGGAAGUAAUGUAGAGUAUAAGGAAAUCGUUGAAGAUUGUUACAUAUAAAAUGAAGAAACUUCGAUGAGAAAAAUUGGUUUUAGAUGGGACAGAAUAGAUCAGAUAGUAACUAACCAGUUAUCAUGGAUUGCAAAAUGAAGAAUAUGACGAAAAGAAAACUGGGGCAAAUUAAAAGCGAUAGUGAGAGACAACUGAAUAAAGGAAGGAGUAGAGGGGUAAAAAAGAGCUGCCUAAAUCCGCUCUCAUUCCCUUUAGUGUAAGUAGAAAGUUAUGAUAGAAGAAUUAAAAAUGGAUUGAAGUAAGAAUGAUGGAAAAGCUUUGGCAAAUGGUGACUGACGAUGUAGUAUGUUAUUUACAAGGACCGGAUUAAAUGCAAUCUGCAUUUUUUGCAUAUUUUUGCAUUUUUUUUUUGAUAAAUUAGAAAAUGUUGCAUUUUUUCAAACAUUUUAAACAUUUUGCAUUUUUUCUUGAUAAAUUCAGAAAAGUUGCAUUAAUUCGAUAUUUUAAAUCUCAAAGGUUCACUUUCACCUCCAAUUAAAAAACUAUCAGUCGUAAAUUCAAUAACUGUGUAUAAUCCAUUUCUUAAGAAAAAUGUUUAAGUCAGGUAAGGCUGAUGCCACAUUAUGCGUUUUGACCGGAUGCGGUGAAAACGCAUCCGUUUCCAACGCAACCGGACCGACCUGUCACACUAUGCGUUUAGUCUGGUGCAGUUUGUAAGCGCGUACCGAUGACUCAAAACGCAUCCGUUUCCAACGCAACCGGACCGAUCUGUCACACUAUGCGUUUUCACCGGAUGCGGCGGAAACGCAUCCGGUCAAAACGCAUAAUGUGGCAUCGGUCUAAUAUUCUGAUUCUAUUAUCUAUAAUUGGGACUUAAGUCGACUAAUCCCUAAUAUAACUUGGUCGGUAGGACAACAAUUAGUUGACAUAGGUUGUAAAACUGUUUGCUCUUUGUAGGGGGAUAAUCAGGUACAGAAAUUUAGAUUUUAAUAUUUUUUAUAAAAUCUGAAGUUCAUUUCGUGUUUUGAUUCGCAGUGCGUUGUGGCGUAUUAUUUUUGACAUAUAGUUUAAAUUGAGUAACGAAUAAUUUUUUCGCCAAAAUUCCGAAAGUGACAAGUAUUAAACAUUAUAAUAUUGCAUUUUUUCCGGUCCGUGGUUAUUUAUCUUGAAUUUUAAAUUUUUGGUGUCAGCCUGUACACAUCUGCGCUAGUCCUUGAGUGUUAUGUGGGAAGGAUGUGUAUACUUACACCCUAUAACUACGUUUCUUUUAUAUGUACAGGGUUAUUCACUAAAUUUUGACCCCCCUGUAAACUGCUUUAUUUACAGAAUUAGAAAAAAUGUAAAAUACAAAAGUUAUUCGAUUUUUAAAUUAUGAUUUUUUGACAUACGUAUCGUACUAGUGACGUCAUCUAUUUGGGCGUGAUGUUUAUUUGUGCAAUAAACUUUUAUUUUUGUUUUCUAACAGCAGUAAAAUGUAUUUUAAAUUAAAUAAAUUACACACAUUCUCCUUUCUGUGUCAAUUAAUUUAAUUUAAAAAAAGUUUUGGACACCCUGUAUAAAUAAUUAUCUUAAUGUUUAUAUUACUGAAUAGAGAAUUGAAUUACCUUUCAAAUGAGCUAGCACAAGACCCCUAUUCUCAUUUUAAAAAAAUAGUCGAUUACGUCAUCACGCCCAGGUGGAUGCCAUCACUAGUACCUAUGUUAUAUAUGUCAAAAAAUCAUAUUUUAGAAAUCUAAUAACUUUGGUAUGUUACAUUUUUUUCUAAUUCUGUAAAUAAAGCAGUUUACAGGGGGGGGUCUAAAUAUAGUGAAUAACCCUGUACAUGUAGACAGUUUUUGUUGCCUAGACACAAUAGUUUCAUAUCUCCAAAUCUCCCCCAAAUUCAAACAAUAACAAUUAAAUAAUAGUUUUCUAUAAUAUGUGAUUUAUAUAUUAUUUUUCUAUUCUUCAUAUCCACACCUUCCCUAAUAAGUCCCCCGACCCUGAGUAACGAGAUCUUCGUAUCUGAUAUACGAUCGAAUUAUUGCCAUCUGAAGUCACCCCUUGGUCCACAUAAGGAUAAUUAUUGUCCUGAUAUUUUCUUUUUAGUCCCUAUAACUUUUCUGCCUUCCGACCGUUAUUCUAAAUUGGCGCCCAACCUGGGGCUAUACUAAAUUGGCGCUCAACGUGGAGCCCAAUUUAAAUUAUACUACGAGAUACAACGGAAUAUAACGAGACACGACGAGAAACCAUUUACUACUGACAUAUGACAAAUAAAGAUGAAAGAAAAGUAGAAAGACAUCGGCAGACUGGAAGCUGAAAGAUCAAAGGAAGUAAGUAACAAAAAAAGCCGGCUUCAAGACAAACAAUGCACCGAUCCUACUCCACGAUCUGGACAAUCCUCCUCAAUCCCAAAGAUAUAAUAGAAAAUUCUUGUGAACUAUUUGAUUUGCAUCUGAACCAUUACCUCCAGUGACUUAAAUUGGUGAUGAUGGAACAGAUUGUUCGGUAUACUACUAAUCGCUUUUUGUAAAUAUAAUAAAUUAGGUUUUGUAAAUGUAUCUAACACAUUGAAAAUGGUAAAUGUGACCUGCGAUUAUAAUUGUUACAUAUUUCAACAGGUUCCUGGUGUGGACACAUGGACACGCUCUACAAAGAUAUAUCUCUGGGCUCAAUUCGUCAUUUAUGAUCAAGAUACUGCCAUAUUCAAGAAGUCAGUGCCCCAUUCCUGGCUUGUACCUUAAAAAAUGUUAGUUGUUUAACCCUUUCAGCUCCGCUUUAAUAUUUCCAACCUUAGCUCUUGUACUGCUUCAGAAUUAACCUGGUUUGAAUGCCAUUUGGACGCGCGUAUACGUCACCGGAGCUGAAAAGGAUAUAAUUUUGUAGAAACCAGAGUGGACUAAAUAAAUGAAUUAAUAACAA